AUGGCUGAAGAGUUUCCGGAAGACCAAAUCACCCUCCUCGACGUGAAUACCUUGCUCCCUGACAAACACUUGUCGGUGAAUACGUACUCGUUGAAGAUCAAAGGUCUCCCCUUUCACAUUUGCUGGGUCGAAAUGGCCGACAUCGAAUCCUACUCCAAGAAGAUCGGUGCACCGCCCAGCGGAGUGAAGCCAGACGGUUCGCCACACUACACGCUGCCAAUCAUCUACGACCCCAGCACAAAAUUGUUCGUCACCGAGUCGCUCCUGAUAGCAGAGUACCUGGAUAAGACGUACCCAGAUAAGCCGCGGAUAAUCCCAGACGGCACACACAGCCUCCAGCGCGCCUUUCGUGCAGCGUUCGAGCCGUUCGAAGCUACCCUGAGACCCUUCGUCAUCCCAGUCAUACACGAGCAGUUUGAGGGGGCAAGUAAGACGUUCUACCGUACCGCCUUGGAAGCCAUCUUCCAAAGAAAGAUAAGCGAGAUGACGCCAAAGGGAGAGGAAGGACAACAGGCUUGGAAGAAGCUGGAGGAUUUUUACGAUACGUUCGCAGCCUGGUACGUCGAGGAGGGGAAUGGGCCAUAUAUUACGGGCGCUUCGCCAUGCUUCGCCGACCUAAUUUUGACGAGUCGAAUCUGGUGGAUCAUGAGGGUCUUCGGAAGCGACAGCCCACAGUGGCAAGAUGCAAGGACUUGGAGCGGAGGGAAAUGGGAGAGGAUGUUGCUUCAAUUCCAACACGACUACGACUGA